UCGCGAAUCUGUUGCGAUUCACUAACGUCCCUCCUACCGUACACCUGUAAAAAAAAAAGGGAUACUGUAAGAGAGAAAGAAAGUUUCUAGAGAGAGAAACUGGGGAGAAGAUCGGAGCGAAACGAAAGGUAAAAGGCUCGAAACCCUGACUGUUGUCGUCGUUGUUGUUACGUUCAUGCGCAGUACUACUUUUAGGUUUAUGAUGUUCUAGAUCUUGUGGUUGCGGGGACAAGCCCUAAUUUUGUUGCGUUUGUCGGCGGGAAUUAGGGUUUUUUGUUGGUUUUGAAUUGAUUGAGGGAGUUGUGUAUGCUAAAUUAGGGGUUUGGUGAGUAAAUAGAUGUAUGCAUGGCUUCGGGGCCAAUAGUAGGAGGAGCUGAUGGGACUGAUAGAGAGAAGCAGAGAUAUUCGGAAAGCAAGGUCUAUACAAGAAAAGCUUUUAAAGGUCCCAAGAAUCAGAACAACAAUACCGCCACGAACAACAGCACAAGUGCCCCGACAAUAACAGCCGCCCCAGCAGAAACCACUACCACCGCAACCGUCCCGACAACUACAUCCCCGACAGCAGCUACCACCACCGCCCCUGCAACAACCACCACCACCACCGCUACUACAGUCACAACAAAAGUUACCCCCAAUGAUGACAACAACCAAAACAACGAGAGCAAGAAUAUCAGCAACAGCAAAGAUGAGAGCAACGACGAAGAGAACAAGAGCAAUAACAAUGAGGGCAAGAGCAACAACGAAGAGAACAAGAGCGAUAACAAUGAAGGCAAGAGCAACAACGAAGAGAACAACAUGGACGAGAGCAACAACGACAACAACAAGGGGGAGAACAACGGCAACGCCAAGAGUUCAAUUCAAGAGGUGCCCACCCAAACCCUAGCCUUAGAAAGUACGAGUUCCGCCCAGCAACAAUUAAUCUCUCGUUUAGAUGCUGUCUUGGAUGACUUUCCUUGUCUUAACACGCAACAGGUUGUGUCCUCUAUCACUAGAGAGCUCGCACCCUUAGGGAAUGGUGGGGUGAAGUUGGGCUUGGAGAAUAAAGUUAAGAUAAAUUUCAGGUCAAGUUCGAAGCAGGAGAUGCGUCAAAUUAUGAGGAAGCUGGAAGGUGAGCUUGACACUGUGAGGAGUUUGGUGAAGAGGAUUGAGGCAAAAGAGGGGCAGAUUAGUGGAGGGUUUAGUAAUUUGCUUUUGCCAUUGGCAGUGAAUGAUGGGGUUGAUAAUGGAGUGAAGAGGGUUUAUUCAGAGGUGGCUUCCGUAGGAGUCUCUGUUCCUCAUAGGACUAUCAGUAUUAGUAGACAGGCUAGGCCUUUGAAUCAGUUGAGUAUAUCAACUUUGGAGAAUGGUCAAGCACUUAGUGAACGUGUGGAGAAAGAGAAAAGGACCCCAAAAGCCAAUCAAUUUUAUAGGAAUUCAGAGUUUUUACUUGCAAAAGAUAAGUUCCCACCAGCUGAGAGUAACAAAAAGUCAAAAUUGAAUGGGAAGAAGCAGGCAGGACGGGAAUUGGUGCAUGGGUUUGGACCGGGAAGUAAGGUUUUCAAGAAUUGUAGUCAUUUGCUUGAGAGAUUGAUGAAGCACAAGCAUGGUUGGGUGUUUAAUACUCCUGUUGAUGUUAAGGGUCUUGGUUUGCACGAUUACUUUGCCAUUAUCAAGCAUCCAAUGGAUCUGGGAACUGUGAAAUCAAGAUUGAACAAGAAUUGGUACAAGACGCCAAAAGAAUUUGCAGAGGAUGUCAGACUUACCUUUCAUAAUGCUAUGACAUAUAACCCAAAAGGGCAAGAUGUUCAUGUAAUGGCGGAACAAUUAUUGAAGAUAUUUGAGGAAAAAUGGGCUGUUAUAGAGUCAGAAUAUCAUCGUGAGAUGAGGAUUGGUGCAGACUAUGAAAUGAGUUUUCACACACCCACAUUAAGAAAGGCUCCUCCGCUGCCACAUCCUCUUGAUAUGAGGAGGAUUUUGGAUAGAUCAGAAUCAAUGACAUACCCCACUGAUCCAAAAACAAAACCCAUUAGUCUUACUCCUUCAGGUAGAACCCCUACUCCCAAGAAGCCGAAGGCAAAGGACCCACAUAAAAGGGACAUGUCAUAUGAGGAGAAGCAGAAGCUUAGUACAAACCUUCAGAGUUUACCAUCAGAGAAGCUGGACAAUAUAGUGCAGAUUAUAAAGAAGAGGAAUUCUUCACUCUUCCAACAUGAUGAUGAAAUUGAAGUAGACAUUGAUAGUGUUGAUGCUGAGACUCUGUGGGAACUUGAUAGGUUUGUUACCAACUACAAGAAAAGUUUGAGCAAGAACAAGAGAAAGGCUGAGCUUGCAAUUCAAGCCAGAGCAGGAGCUCAACAGAUUGUCCAACAGGCCUCAGUCCCAGUUGUGGCAGAGGUUCCAAAAGAAAUUAGAACAGUAGAUGAAAAGAAAGCUUCUUCUUCAUCACCGGUACAGGUGGAAAACAAAGGUAAUAAUGGGAGUAUGUCAAGUAGCUCAAGCAGCUCUAGCAGUGAUUCUGGAUCUUCUUCAAGUGAUUCUGAUAGUGAAACAUCCUCAUCUGGAUCUGAUGGCAGGAAUUCACCCAGGACAUGACAUAUAUUGUCCAGAUUGUGGAGUUUAGGGUAGAUUGCUAUUUGCUGGGUUGCAGCUUGUGAGGUUGUGAUUAGAAUCGGAAUGUGCAUAUUGGUGUACAGUGGAAAAGCUCGCAAGGCCAGCAACCAUUUGACCAGUUGGUAGUGGGUCCAUUUCUUGACAUUGUCAGAGCUAGGCUUUUAGUUUGUAGGGUGGCUUGUCUGUGUUGUCCCAAAUUUGUGUUGUAUACGGUAGAAUUAGAAUAUGGUAAUGAUAAGAAGUAGAUGGUUUAUUUGCUUAGCUUGUGUACAUUGCUAACUAGUGCCACUCAUCUUAGUUUCCUUCAGCAUGCUGCAGAUUCAGGAUUCUUUGGUGUUAUACAAAGAAAGUCUGUAAUUCAUGAUGGGUUAAUAUGGAAAUGAGUUUUGUA